UUACCAAAUCUGACGUAGAUGUCACCCGGCGUAUUUACUUAUUGCACGCGCAAGACCAUUUAAACAGUAAACAGCAAAACGGAUGGUAACAGUUUAACCAGAAUGGAGAGAUGCCAGGGUUUCAACUUCAAACUGUUGGUGCCUCCCAGAGUAAAUAACGGCCAGAUAAAUGCAGUUCGGCCUCAGGAACAAGUUGGCAACAGUAAUAAUUUCCUGAGUACACUGCAGCAGUGUUACAAUAGAUGUAAUGAGAAAGAGCAGAACAUGCCUGUCCUCAAUGCCAGUGUGGUUAUACCAUCCAAAGCUACCAAACCAGACUUUCCCAAGAUGAAAGUUGUGUCACCGAUGGAAAAAGACAUGAAUUCUUGCAGCCCUGAUGAGCUUUACUCCAAGCUCUUUGAUGAAGUUGAGAAAAUAAAGUAUUGGAAAGUCAAAGUGGACUCUGACACAGUUCAGAAGGAGCGAAAACUCCAAGACAAUAAAAGGACAAUCGAAACUCAGCGUAAAGCUAUUCAGGAAUUACAAUUUGCAAAUGAAAGUCUCAGCAUAAAGCUAGAGGAUCAGAUCAGCGAAAAUGAGCAUUUAAGGAACAAGAACAAUGCCACAAGGAAUUUGUGUAAUAUACUCAAAGAAACCUUUCACUGGUCAACUGAAAAAAUGCAUUUAUUUAAAUCUGAAAGAGAAGAAACACAUCAACUCUUUAUGGAAAAUGAUGGUAGCAUUAAGCAACUGAUUGCAGCAUUUGAAAGCCUUCGUGUUCAAGUAAAAGCCGACCAACAAGAGAUGCAGAGAGUCAAAGAAGGCUUACUGCAGUAUGAAGAGCUAAAAGAGAAAUAUCAGCAAGAAAAUAUUAUGAAAGAUGAAGAGAUCGUGAUGCUACAGACUAAACUUGCAGAUAAGGAAACAGAGCUACAAAACGUCCUGUGUGACCUUGACAAAAGCCAAAAGUACUGCAAACAACUUCAGGAGUCAACAACAGCUGCCCUGGAACAAAGUAAAAAAGAAUAUGAGCAGAUCAUCCUAAGCAAAGACAUCAGCAUGCAGGAGCUCAACAGAGUUAAAAAUCAACAAAAAGAAAAGCUGGAGAAGAUUGAAACAGCCAUGGAAGAGCUAAAGAGUUCACUUAACCUAGAAAUGCAGAGGGUCAAAGAUCUUAAAGAAAAACUCAUGGCAAGCAACAAUGAGCUUGAACAGAGGACUGCUAUUUUAGGAGAGACAAUGGAGCAGGCUGCAAGGAAGGAUGACAUGAUUAAAAUCCUUGAAGAUGAGCUGAACACAAAAUCAAAAUUCAUUGAGUACUUGAAGAGUAAAACUGAUAUCUUGGAGGCCAGAGUGGAGGAACUUGAUGCAGAAAUUUCAAGGAAAACUGAAGAAAUCCAGAUGUUUAAGAGCGAAGCACAGUUGGCCUGGGCUGAAAAGGAUAAGCUGAAACAGACCUGUGAAGAUGCUGACAAAGCAACAAAGGAGUUAAUGGAGAAGUUCACCAUUACUGAGAUCAAAGUGCUGGAGCUGGAGGGAAAGCUGUCUGCUGAAAUGAAGAAAAAUGAAGAUUACGCCUCUAAGUUGGAACACCUAAAGAAAGACAUCACGCAGCAUGAAAGGAAAUAUGAAGAACUCCUGUCAAACUUCAACAAGCUGCAGUCUGAGAAGCUGGCCAUUCAACAGGAGUUUGAAAAUGGAUUGUCAAAUGUGAAAGCCAUUGAGGCAGACAGGAAGGCAAGUGAGGAGAAGGCAGUAAAACUCGAAAGAGAAAUUCAAAGCCUGGAGGGACAAAACCAGUGUUUACGCAAUGAAGUAAACACCAUUAAAAUGAGUAUCCAAGGGAAAUGUCAAGAAACUGAAACACUACAGAAGAAAAUGGAAGAACACUGUGAGCAUUUGCAGGAGAAAAUAACAGGAAAAGAAAAGCACAUCAAAGCUGUAGAAGCAAAGAUGGGCAAUCUUAAAAAAAAAAUUGAAAUUAAAUUUAAAAUCCAGGAGGAAUACAAGAGAGAGAAUAAACUGCUUAAAAAACAAAUAGAAAAGGAGACUACAAAAUCCAGUGAACUAGAGAUGAUGGUUGACAAUCUUCAAGAAGAGUCUCAGAACCUUAGAAAAAUUAGAGAUAAAGAUCAUCAAAAAUUGCUUAAGGAUUUUGAGUCAAAGUCAACCUUGGCAGUAGAGCUUGAGAAUGAGAUACAAAAGCUCAGAUUAACAGCAGCAGAGGCCAUUAAGAAUAAGGAAGACACUGAGCUUAAAUGUCAGCAUAAAAUAACAGAUAUGGUUGCACUGAUGGAAAAACACAAGAGUCAGUAUGACAAGAUGGUUGAGGAGAAAGAUGCUGAGCUUGAGGAAAAUAAGAAGAAAGAGGUGGAGGCAGUUGCCCAUGCAAAUUCAUUGGAGUUGGAGCUGUUAAAACAGAAGACAGAAAAUAACCAGCUGAAAUCACAGGCGAAGGCAGAAGCAGCAGAGAAGGAAAACCUACAGACAAAGCUAACUAAUUUGGUGAAAGAAUUGUCUACAGUAAAAAAUACCCAGCCAUCACAAGGAAGGAGCAAGCCGUCUGCUGCCCAAAACGAUAAACAAGGGAGAGUUCCUGAUAGUCCAGAGGAGAGUUCCUCAAAGAGGAGCGUGUUUGACUUUUCCAAAUCCAGGAAAACUCCCUCCUACUACAACUACAGGAGUACUGAGGUUUUUAACAAAGCUCACAUUCUCAAUGAAGACGUAAAAACCCCUGGAAGUCAUUCUAGCAGGUUCGGUGCAGCAUCAAAGAUCAAGUCCUACAGAAUUAGGACACCCCCCACUGAUGAAAAUGCAGCAAGGUUGGGAAAAAGCACCAUUGAAUUUGACCCCAAGUCUGACAGCUCUGAUAAUUUUGAUCUCUUGACCUUAGCAAAUGUUCCAGCUCCAAGUGUGUCUGCAGCACAGUGCAAAGUCAACAUCUUCAAAAAGCUUCAGAGCCCUGCAGCCCUUAAAUCACCUGGUAAUUCAUUGAAGCUGGCUGCAAUUAAAAGAAUGAGAGAUGCCGGAUGGACUGCUGUGACUGGCUGUGACAAGAAAAAGAAAAAGACCAAUGAGAAGAUCUUUGCAUAA